CGUUUCUCUUCGGGAAGGGGGAGCAGAGCUGUUGUUUACAACAUUACAAUGGUGGGCCGACUCCCCACCCCACCCCAUUGAUAUAUACUUCUCAGCCAAUCCCCUUCAAGGCAUCUCCGGCCAAAGAGGAAAGUGAAAAGGGGAGAAAGAAAAGAGAAGAGAGGAGUCUCGCACGCGUGCGCGCAGAGAUUGGAGGAUAACGCCGCAUGCGCCUUUUACAUUGACAGCGAAGUUUAAGAGGACGCGUUCUCGAUGACCAGCGAGGCUUUGUGAUUGGUUAUUAACUCUUCCCAGCAUUCUGUGAUUGGCCCACGCUUUCCGCGGUUUAGGCUGAUUCUUGUUAGCGCCUUUCUCUUCUCUAAGGCUAGGGUCGUUCACUGAAGGUGGUUUUGAAUUUUGAGUCUAUAAUCACAUGGGCGACUGGAACUAUGGCAAAUAAAGAUCCUAUGAAGAAGUAAACAUAGGUCUUACUCGAUGAUAAACAGGCUAGGCUGUUUGAUUCCAGAAUGGAGGAGGGAAGCCCUUUAUUCGUGGGAUCUUAUUCUGUGUGAAGAUUAGCACUUGCAUCCACUUUCACAACAUUCAACAUGUCUUGACCAAUCUCAUAUAUCCUUAUAUUUUUCCACCUAAGUACCAUUGUCUCAUGCAAUUUACGUGUGAACAGUCUUCACCUCUGAUAUUUUUUCACAUGCUACGUAACCUGAAAGUAACUAAAACAAGCCAAGGAGCCUAGCAAUUGCAAAUCGGUAUAUAACGCUAGUAACAUAAAAGCAUUAAAGAAAAAUAGGAAAAAUAAUACUGAGAUCAAAGGAGCAAGGCUGAUGUGAAAAACUAUUUCAAGUCUUUCUGUUAGCAUCUUUCUAAAGCUAUAUCUUACUCAGUUUUCUUCCUCUAUGUUACUUAAUAUUGUGUGGCUCUGCAUUUGUGAAGAAAUGGACUGGGAUAAGUUUGACAUGAACCCUAGAGUGAUUGCAGCUAUUAAAAAAGCAAAUAUAACAUCAAUUAAAGACAUUUUCCAUCUUUCGGGAUCAGAUUUGCAAAGGUUAACAAAGCUAUCCAAGACAGAUGUACAAUAUCUACUAAGAACAAUUUCUAGUACUUUGAGAAAAAACUCUGUUUUUACAGCACUCCAGCUAUUUCAAAACAAAGCCCCCAGCACUUCCCAAGGCCAGAAGCUGAGUCUAGGCUGCCCAUUUCUAGAUGGUUUGCUCCGAGGAGGAAUUCCCCGUACAGGAAUUACUGAAAUUGCUGGUGAAAGCUCUGCUGGGAAGACUCAGAUUGCUUUGCAGCUGUGUCUUUCUGUGCAGUAUCCAUACCGAUAUGGUGGACUAGAAUCUGGUGCAGUUUACAUAUGCACAGAGGAUGUUUUCCCUAAUAAACGUUUGCAGCAAUUGAUUGAGCAACUGCCAAAAUUGAGGAGUGACGUUCCAUCCGAGGUGAUGCAGAAGAUAAAAUUUGGAAACAGAAUAUUUGUUGAGCAUGCAGCAGACCUGGACACUUUCCAUGAAUGCAUUACUAAGAGACUUAGCUUGCUGCUCUCGAGAGGAAUGGUGCGGCUAAUCAUUAUUGACUCCAUUGCUGCCUUGUUCAGAUGUGAAUUCAGUGCUACAGAUUCUCUCCAGAAAGCUAAAUAUUUACAGAAAUUUGGGGCAAAACUUCACAGAUUAAGUUGCACGUUCCAGACCCCCAUAAUAUGCAUUAAUCAGGUAACUGAUGCAAUAAAUGUGAGAGAAGAUGCUGUUUGGAAUACUCAAAGCUGUUCAGCCAGGACUGUUGUUCCAGCACUGGGAAUAACUUGGUCUAAUCAGCUGUUGAUGAGAUUGAUGGUGUGCCGUACUGUAAACCAGGCACUGACUGGUGGAGAAACACUGUAUAGUAAAAGUGAACUCCGAAUGUUAAGAAUUAUUUUUGCACCUCAUUUGCCGCAGCAUUUUUGCUAUUAUACUGUAAAUUUAGAAGGUGUAAAAGGAGUUGGGAAAAUCAGUCAUGAUUAUGAAGAAACAUAAAGCAGUAUUUUUUAACCAUUUUCAAUAUAAAAUGGAGCUCAUAUUUUUAAAAUCCUCAAUCUGUUCCUGUGAUUGUAUCAUCGUAUUUAUCUAUUGCAUUAUCCUGUCUGCUCAGCAAAGUGCUUGCUCGGUAGAAUGCUUGUAUUAUUUGAUCUGGAUUGUGCUCUCAGAAUGAUCGCAAACAACAAUUUAAACUCCAGUUUAAACUACAAAAAUAGAACAACAAAACUUCAGUAUAUAAAAGAAUCCACUUUAGCAGUACAAAACAAAUAUAUCACAAACAUCUGAUAAAAUAAGUUUGAACUGAAAAACCUUUGAAGUUUAAACUGUAUUUCUAGAAAGGAAAUUCUUUGCUGUCACCAAUUACAUUUAUGUGUAUUUAACACAGGAUCAACAUGCUACAUUUUCAGUGCUUAGGCUGAAAUAACUUAGAUCCAUUUAAAUGUGCUGCACUCUUUUAAAGUCAGGAUAGACUAUUAAUGGUGUGAUGCAGCUUACUAGCAUGGCUGGGGAAUUCUUUUCCUGACGAGAUUUAGUUGGGUCCCAUUUACCUUUAAGAUGACAAAGAUGAAAAUGUCUUUUUAACUUUUUUGCUCUUCUCUUUUAACUUAUGAAGAAAUAUUUAUAUUCUGCCUGUGCACUAAAUGUACAUAUAGGUAACUUCCAUUGCAGUCUCUACAUGGGAAAAAUAAUUUCAUUUUCUAAAUUUCUAAAAAUAAAAAAUAUAAAAAUACACAAGAACCCCAGGAGAUGAAACUUACUAGAUAAAGUCCUCAUGUCCCUUUGGGGGGGAAAAGAUAAUAAGACUUAAAUGUUCAUAUUUAUUUACUAUUUAUUUAAAGGAUUUGUGUGGCUGCCCCUAGCAAUUCUGGGGAGCUUAGACAUGGCUAAAAAAAAUUUAAAAUCCUUCACAGUAGAGGUUAAGGCCAAAUCCCAACUGACUCAAAUUAAAAGUCAUUUCAGAAUGAGCUUAUCCAGCAUUGGCUCAGUGCCUGGGAGAAAAAACAACUUGUCAAGGUCUUAUGGAAAGCCAACGGAGUUGGGAUAAUCAAAAUCUGAUGGGAAUGAAAUUCCAUAGGGCUGAUGUUGUAACAUAGAAGACAAACUUUCUAAAUCCUGAUACAUGACAUUAUUUCAUUAGAAGGACUUGAAAUAUCCAUACAUACUAGUUGGAUUUCAUGGGAUGAGCAGAGACAAUCUGCUGCUUAAACUUCACUUAUUCUCAUAUCAUUGUCAAGUAUUGUGCCUAUAUACAAUACCUAAGUUUGUUAUACACUUUUUCCAACAUCAUAUUUUGGUAGAUGUUUUUUCUAAAUGCUGUAAUUGAUUUCUGCAGUUGCUUGAAGAAACUUCUCAAUGCAAUUUAUGGAAAAUUAUAUGGAGAGUAUUCCUUCACUUUGUAUUUUGUGUUUAGAAAUAUUUUAUUAUACUGUACUUAAACAAAGAUUCCCAUUAUCAGAGGAAGUCCUGUUCAAAUAAUAUUUAGCCUAAGUUGAUCUUACUAAAACAUCUCCAGAUCACAAAGUGUUGGUUAGCAUAUUGCAUGCUUUCUAGUAAAUUAUUAAAACAUAGCAGCUUCUUGUGGCCAUGCUUUAUUCAAGGAUAAUACAUCCUAGAUUCUUUAUUUGUCCGAACAAAGUAUUUGCCCUGCCAAUAAACUUUCUCUAUAGGAAUACAUGAGACAUUAUUCUUUCCUCAUAAUCUAUACACUGUUAAUUAAGCUUUUGUUUAAGCUUAAAAGCUUUUAAGUUUUUGUUAAUACCAUGUAGCAAUUUGCAUGUACUUUAAAUCAUGUUUAAGACAGUAAAAAUGAUUAUCGAAAAGUCAGGUAAAUACUAAAAUAGAUGAUGAUAACAACAUUUUAACAUACUAUGAACAAAUGUUGAAUACCGCAGCAGCAAUGGAGAAUCUUAGAUUUUUGUUUAUACUGAAUCUUUUUUUAAUUAUGUCAGAAAUGUCUGGAAAAUAACUGAUGGGAGUAUUUUAUCUCCAUCAUGACUCAAAGCAUUAAGUGAUACAACUUUCAUUGGAUUCCAUUUUAAACAGACUGCAGAACUCAAUUAUUUUACUACAAAAAUUCAGAUUACCAUUUGGUUAAAUUAAAGAUGAAGGUUAUUUAAGUUUACAAUGCAAACAUUCAGCUUUCCUAAUAUAAACUAUGUUUACUUACUUUACAGGCUGAUUAAAAGUUGAGUAUAUAUUUAGAAAUUUUUCAAAAUCAUAAAAUACACUUGACUUUGGCUGGAUUGUUUUCCUGUAAAUAUUUAAUUCCAGUCUCAUCAUGUUGUCUUAGGUUUCUAGCUAACUAGAAAUACCAUAACAAUUUCACAGAACAAUGACCUGAAGAUAAAACAAACAGUUCAAAUUAAACAAAAACAUGUCAUUGUCUAUAAUACAAUAUUCUUCGGGGUAUUUAAGACAAUACCAUUCUCUCCCAAUUUAAUGAUAUUUUUAAGGACAAAACUUUGUUCUCUAUGGAGAAACAGGCAGCAUUACUCAAGACUGUACAUUUGUAGGAUGAAUUUCUUUCAUAAAUUCCCCAAACAUUCCUCUGAAAUGUGGAUCAGUACACAAUAAUCUUGACACACAAGUUGUUUUUUAGGUACACAGAAGUUGGCAAUACAGCCCUCUGUGAGAAUUAUGCAAAGUAAUGGAUUGGAUAUAGCAGCAUAUCAUGUAUAUACAGCAGUGGGUGGAAUUAAAAAAAUUGUUUGAAAGAACAAGGAGACAAUAUUCUGUGAACGUAGUUAUUUUCUAAGACAAUGUUUUAAGAUGUUGGGACUUCCAACUCCCAGAGUUCAUAGCUGGUUGCUAUGUUGUAACUCAUGAUGGCCAUAAAGCGAGCCCCCACUUUUAACAGUCCUUUUUUGUAGCGGUAGUUAAGCAAAUGCAGUGAUUCUUAUGGUUCACUACAGGUGUGGUUUUGCCAAAACCCAGAAGUAAAUGCUGGUUUUCAGCAAAAUUUUGUAAAACUUGAUCACAGAACACUGCAAAUGGCUGUAAAGAUGGCCUGGUUUUAAGUGUGCAAAGUGCAGUCCUCUGGCUGUCGGAGGAGCACACUUUUGGCACUUCAAACUUGGAUUGAAGUACACACACACACCCUCUUCUCGGUCUGUUGGAACUUCCAAUGGUUGCUAAGCAACCAGUGUUGAUGACUAAUUGUAAAUAUUUCAUGCACAGAACAUUUCCGUUCCUUUAAUAAAGAAAUCACAUUUAUGUAACUCUGUUUGAUUCUUUAUUUUUACACUUUGAGAGUAACAAGAAAGCUUUAAAAAGGAAACAAAUACUUCACAACUCUGUAACAGAUUAAAACAAAACAAAAGAGACACCAUGCUAUACACUUUUGAAGAAAGUCUGCUUCUUUAGCCUAGGGCAAAUGUUUUUGCAAUAACAUCCAUUUAAGAAUCAAAAUAAAUUAAAGAAAUUGUUGUGGCAAAUUGAAAAUAUUUUGUUCCAAUUAAAAAAAUCAAACUUUAUAACUUUUAAAAGAGCCAUUUUUUUUAGUUUUGAAGAUAAAUUGAUCAUGCAUUAUUUCUUCAUGUAAGAAUAAAAUUCCUCAGUUGUUUUAAAGAGUAAAUUCAAAU